AUGGACUCGGUGCCGCCCGCGCGCGCGGCGCGGCCCACGAGCCCGUCGCGGCCGCCCAAGGCGAUCCGCAGCACCAAGCCGCGGGGCCUCGACGAGGACACCGCGGCGCCGCCCGCGUUCCCCAAGGCCAAGUCCCCCACAUCCUCCGGAGCCGGAGCCGAGGCGUCGCUCCUCCUCCACCACCACGCGGACGUCCCGAUGGACGCCCGCGUCUGGGCGGGGCUCCCCGACGACCUCCUCGUGGAGGUGCUGGCCCGCGUGCCGCCCUUCCUCCUCUUCCGCCUCCGCCCCGUGUGCCGCCGCUGGGAGGCCAUCCUCCACGACCCGGCCUUCCUGGCCGCGCACGCCGCGGUGCCCUCCCACGGGCCCUGCCUCCUCACCGUCUCCAGGGGCGGCGGCGGCGCCAGCCCCGCCCCGCCGCAGUGCACCGUGCUCGGCGUCCCCCUGCACGCCCGCUACAAGCUCCCGUUCGCCUUCCUCCCCGCCUGGGACCUCUGGCUCGUCGGAUCCUCGGGAGGGCUCGUCUGCUUCUCCGGCUUCGACGGCGCUGCCUUCCGUACGGUCGUCUGCAACCCGCUCACGCAGGCGUGGCGGGUGCUCCCGGACAUGCAUUGCAACCAGCAGCGGCAGCUGGUGCUCACGGUCGACAAGAGCCGCCGCUCCUUCAAGGUAAUCGCCGCCAGCGACGUGUAUGGGGACAAGACGCUCCCCACUGAGGUCUACGACUCCAAGGAGAAUAAAUGGUCGGUGCACCAGAUGAUGCCCGCGGCGAACCUGUGCUCGUCGAAAAUGGCGUUCUGUGACUCCAGGCUGUACCUGGAGACGCUCUCGCCGCUGGGGCUGAUGAUGUACAAAGUGGAUGCGGGGCGUUGGGAGCAUAUACCUGCCAAGUUCCCACGGUCCCUGCUGGAUGGUUAUCUAGUCGCUGGAGCUCACACGAGGUUGUUCUUGGUUGGGCGGAUUGGGCUAUACAGCACGCUGCAGAGUAUGAGGAUCUGGGAGCUGGAUCAUGGUAGAACAGUUUGGGUGGAGAUAAGCAGAAUGCCGCCCAGGUACUUCAGGGCUCUGCUGAGGUUGUCGGCGGAGAGGUUCGAGUGCUUUGGACAGGACAACUUGAUAUGUUUCACUUCGUGGAACCAGGGCAAAGGUCUUCUCUAUGAUGUUGAUAAGAAGGCUUGGUCAUGGAUUGCUGGUUGCGCUAGCCAGCUGUGCAAUAGUCAGGUCUGCUUUUACAAGCCAAGGUUCGACACAUCAAUCUACUGA